AUCCUGUACACGGAACUGAUUGCGGAUUUCUUUGGCAGCCCAUGGCAGACCAAAAUGGGCACAUUGAUCUUGGGCCUCCAAGGGACACAGCUGCAGGUUUAGGCUUCCCAGGUCCUCCUCCACCCAUCUACACCUGCACUCUGACUCCUGAACUAGUAGCCAAGGCUCGGGAAGAGCUUCAGGAGAAGCCCGAAUGGAGGCUGCGGGAUGUCCAGGCAUUACGGGAUAUGAUACUGAAAGACCACCCUAAUCUGAGGACCCGGUUAGAUGAUGCUUUUCUGCUGCGCUUCCUCAGGGCCAGGAAGUUUGAUUAUGACCGGGCCCUUCAGCUUCUCCUGAAUUAUCAUGCCAGCCGGAGAGCCUGGCCUGAAGUGUUCCAGGACCUGAAGCCCUCCACAGUCAAGCACGUCCUAGACCUGGGCUUUCUCACUGUCCUGCCCAGGCCAGACCCUCAAGGACGCUACAUACUGUGUUUACGACCAGGCAAAUGGAAGCCUAAUGAUUACCCAUUUGUGGACAACAUAAGGGCUAUUUAUUUAACAUUAGAGAAGCUGAUUCAGCCUGAGGAAACCCAAGUAAAUGGAGUCGUUAUCCUGGUGGAUUAUGCUGGAGUUGGCCUCUCUCAAGCUUCUAAUCCAGGUCCACUUUUGGCAAAGAAAGUUGUCGGUAUCCUGCAGGAUGGCUUCCCAAUCAGAAUAAAAGCUGUAAACAUUAUAAAUGAGCCACGGAUCUUCAAGGGUAUUUUUGCAAUAAUCAAACCAUUUCUGAAAGAGAAAAUGGCAGAAAGGUACGUCCUGCACGGCUCAGACUUGGCCUCUCUCCAUCGAGUCAUUCCCCAGUCUGUGCUUCCUCAAGAGUAUGGAGGAGUAUCUGGAAGACUUGACAUGUCCGCCUGGUCCAGAACUCUGCUGGAGGCUGAGGAAGAGUUUGUGGUAGAGUUUUGUCAGCCUGAUCCUCUGGAGGGCGUCAUAAUGCCAGACGCCCUGCUGUUUGAGGGUGAGCAAGGUGGCGCACAUGGAGAGGACUCCUUCAGACAUCUGCGCUCACAGCUUUAUUAUUGCUACUGACCUUCUACCGAUGUGCAGCUGGUUCUGUUGAAACAUUUGCUUAGCUAUGACCAAUUAAGUAUUCACAGGUCACCGUAUGGGUCUGACUGUGUAAUAGAUCUGGUAUCGAAAGCCAUUCAGAUGCUGGAAACUUUACGUAUAUUCAUUGCUUUGGCUUAAUCGGGUAACUCUGUACUUUAAAAUCUGAUUUAAAUUCAUUAUCUGAGCUUAAUAUUAAUAGCCAUUGAACAAACAUCCUAGGUUUUAAUAUAUAUCAUAUAUAUCAGUAUUUAUUUUCAGUUAUGCAGGGAGCAUAGAAAUGUUAAAAUGGAUGUUUUUAGCUUUACAUAAUUUUGUGUUAUGUCUGAAAAAAUGCUUGCCUUAUUUUAAGAUGAAGGGAAAAUGAUUAGUAUUCAUUUAGUUAGUUAAUAUUUCAGUUAGCACAUUGAAAAUACCCCAAAAAAAGAAAAAAGAAAAUGCUGUCAUCAUUUUCUCACCCUCCACUUAUUUCAAACCUGUUUGAGUGACUUUUUUUCUGUUGAGCACAAAAGAAGAUAAGAUGAAUAAAGUCUAUACUAGAGAUGCUCUGAUCGAUUACUACUCAGUGAUCUGGCCGAUCUCAUAUACCAAUCACAAGUGUUUGUAUUAGCUUGAAAUGAGUAAAUGUUUGAACGACA